CCUUACAUCUCCUUUAAAACCUCAAGGCAACUGUGUUUUAUCACAACAACAACAAAAACAUCUUUCUUUCGGGUUUAUUUUUUGGCAAUGGAAUUAGGGAGUGCUCUUCAUUUUCUUGAUAGCAAGUCCAUUUUAGUCACUGGUGCUGCUGGGUUUCUGGCAAAAAUUUUUGUGGAGAAAAUACUGAGGGUUCAACCAAAUGUGAAGAAGUUUUAUCUUCUUUUACGUGCUGCGGAUCAUAAAUCCGCUAUCCACCGCUUGCACAAUGAGAUUAUAGGAAAGGAUUUGUUCAAAGUCCUGAAAGAAAAAUGCGGGAAAAAUUUCAGUUCAUUCAUAUCCGAGAAAAUUACACUAAUUCCAGGAGAUAUAUCUCAUGAAGAUUUGGGCGUUAAAGAUUGUAAUUUAGUACAAGAGAUGUUGAAUGAAGUUGAUGUUGUGGUUAACCUUGCUGCUACAACCAACUUUGACGAGAGAUAUGAUGUGGCACUUGGUCUCAACACAUUUGGAGCUAAAUUUGUUGCAAAUUUCGCCAAGAAAUGUGUGAAACUAAAAGUUUUGGUUCAUGUAUCCACAGCUUAUGUGUCAGGAGAAAAGACAGGGCUUAUACUUGAAAAUUCAUACAGCAUGGGAGAAACACUUAAUGGUGUUUCAGGCUUAGACAUUAAUUUUGAGAAAAAUGUUAUUGAACAAAAAUUGAAUGAACUGAGAUUGCUAGGUGCUUCAGACAAGGAUAUUACUCAAGCCAUGAAAGAUUUGGGCAUUCAAAGGGCAAGAUUUUAUGGAUGGCCAAAUACAUAUGUAUUUACAAAGGCAAUGGGAGAAAUGCUAGUGGGGGAAUUCAAAGCAAAUAUGGCUACAAUCAUAUUAAGACCUACUAUCAUAACCAGCACUUUCAAAGAGCCAUUUCCUGGUUGGGCUGAAGGUGUUAGAACCAUCGAUAGCCUUGCAAUGGGUUAUGCUAAGGGGAAAUUGACUUUCUUCCUCGGUGAUGUGGACUCAGUUGUUGACCUGAUACCAGCUGACAUGGUGGUGAAUGCCAUCAUCGUAGCCAUGGUAGCCCAUGCAUCGAACCAACCAUCGGAGACGAUCUACCAAGUGGGUUCGUCGAUGAGGAACCCGGUCAAGUACCUUAGCCUCCAAGACUUUGGCUACCGAUACUUCUCCAAGAAACCUUGGAUCAACAAAGAUGGGAAGGCUGUUAUUGUUGGUAAAAUUCGUGUCAUGGAUAGCAUGGCCAGCUUCCAUAGAUACAUGGCUCUUCGAUACUUGCUCCCUUUGAAGGGACUGGAAUUUGCAAAUACAGCAUUUUGCCAUUUCUUUCAAGGAGUUUACAGUGAUCUCAACAGGAAAAUCAGCUUCGUGACUCGGUUGAUAGACAUUUACAGACCCUACUUGUUCUUCGAUGCAAUAUUUGAUGACAUAAACACCGAGAAGCUACGAAUGGCGGCGAGAUCCAGCCUAGCGGAGAACGAUAUGUUCUAUUUCGACCCUAAAUGCAUCAACUGGGAUGAUUAUUUCAUGAACACUCAUAUUCCUGGGAUCGUAAAAUACAUUUUCAAAUGAAAAAAAUAAAUUAAGAACUAGGGUCGAAUUAAUAUUUAGUUAUAUAUAUAUAUAUAUAUUUGAAGUGUCAUUGUUAUUCAUGACAGCAUGAAAAUUAUAUAUAGCUGUCUACAAAAGGUUGGGUGUACUUCAAAAGUCGAGUUCAAACUUUUGAAAAUGUUAUCAUUGGAAAAGAUAAUUACAAAUUUUAAAAAUUAAUCUCCGUUUAUCGUAAAACGAACAUGAAGAGAUUCUAUUGAAGUAUAUUAAUUUCAUAGUGGAUUUCCUAUAUAUAUA